UAUUCAUGGCAGGUAACUGGUACUUACAAACACUAAAAGAAUUGUCAGAACAGAGGACAUGCAUGUUUUUUGCCUUCUCAUUUCCAUUGCCUUGAUUUCCUCAUCAUCAGAGUUUCCAGACAAAUCAUGUGACCUGCCACUUGAUGAAGGACAACAUGGAGAAAAUGCAAGAUAUUACUUUUAUUAUAGCAAAGAGUCAGGGAAAUGUCACCCAUUUUUGUACAAAGGAAAAGGAGGAAAUGCAAACCGUUUCAUUGGUGACAUGGAAUGUACUAGAAACUGCUCUAGUCAAUGGCAAACCAUUUAUCCACAUGGGGUGGCUGUGUGUGAUUUAAAGCAAGACAGUGGGCAGUGUAAAGCUCACAUCUUAAUGUGGUCCUUCAAUGCUGCUCAGAAGAGGUGUGAAUCAUUUCUCUAUGGUGGAUGUGGCGGAAAUGGGAACCGUUUCAUAACCUUUCCAAUGUGCAAUAGGACAUGUUACAGUAAAAUGGACCCCGCACAUAAGCAGACAAUCUCAGAAGAAAAAGGUGUUAAUGUUGGCUUGGUGGUGGGACUUUGCAUGGGGAUUCUAGCAUCACUUGCCCUGCUCGUGGGAUUCACCCUCUUCUUCCUGAAGAAAAAGCAGAAGGAUGGAAAAAAGAAAGGAAAAUUCCACACCACAAAACAGGAUCCUGAUAUCGAACUGCAUUAAGGCAGAUUUUUUCUUAAUUUGGAUUGUGUUUAUACCUCAAGCAUAUGUAAUCAAAUGUAUUUUAUAUAAAUGUAGUUUAUAAAUUAUUAACAGUCCUGUGAUAGCAUCUAAGAAAAUGUUUGGCUAUAGAAGAUCUCGUUCUUAGUGGUAUGAUACAACUUGCACAUUCUUUUUAACUGUUCCUUGUUUUCAUGGUAUGUGGACAUAGAUGCACCACUCUGGGUAUUAAUGUCCCUCUGUAAGUAUCAGAGGCAGAAUACUCAUUGCCAAGUGUUCCAACACUUCUUUCUAGGAAAGACAAGGAGUUUAUCUAUCCAUUUCUUAAUCCCAUUGGAAUGCUAUGCUGUUGAGCUGGUCAACUUUUACACUGCAUUUGCUUGACAGCAGGACACAGUAAGUUCAUUUAUUCUUUAAGAGCAUUUAAUAUUCUAUCUCCCUCUCCAUCCCUAUCUUUACUCUUGCCCUUAUCCAUCAAUGUCAUGCCAUCUUGAAUAUCUUCACUGAUUCUUUCUAUACCACCCAUUUCUAGUAUCUCACUCCAUGGAGAUACAGCACUCUUACAGAAUCAGUUUCAGAGAUGCAGAAACUAAGCUAGCCCUACAAGCCAUUAUCUGUGCCCUGUCAUGUCUCCUCUGUCCUUACUGUUCAGGAUUGUGCCUUCAUAGUUCCUGACAUUAUCUUUUGCAUUAAUAUCAUGUCCUUCUAUUCUCUUCUGGCCUCAAGUAACAGCGCACUAGCUUCUCUUGUUUUUGGUCAAGUUUCUUUCUCUCCACCAACAGACUUUUUUUUUGGUGGUUUUCCCAUGGAUUUCAUUGAACAGCUUCAUGUCACUUUGCUUAUAUGGCCUUAAAAGCUGCACAAGGUUCUCGGGAUGUGAUCUGAUUAGGGCAGUGUGGAGUGGAAAUAUUUCUUGUUUGCUUUUGGAAGUUUUCCCUCCAAGGAAAUGCCUUGGUGUUUUGCUUACUACUGUCACUGACAUCUCACUUUGCUCCUGGUGGACCAGUUCACAUAUGAUCAAUACACCUGGAUCUCUUUCCCGCUCUUUUGCUGUCAGUUCCGCUCCUUCCAGCUGAGACUUCAUACAAGGGUUGUUAUUUAGUUCUUUGCAUUUCUUUGCACUGAAUCUGCUACCUUUAUGUCCACUUGGUCAUUCUUUUCAAAUCUUUUCUUAGAUUUCCCCCUCCCCAUUGUACACUAAUAUAACCACAUUGGUAUCAUCAGCGGACACUGAGAGCUUGUUCUCUUCUAUGUCAGAUAUCAAAUAUGUGUGAGACAAACACUGUGGACAGUCCUAAACUUGUUACAGAUCACUGAGGUACUCCACUAGUCAGUUUCCCAAAUGUUUAUGUUGUUCCUCUUACUACAACCCCAUGAGGAGUCCUACUAUUCAACCAUGCAGCAAUUCAGUUCUUUAGUUUUGGUCUUUCCCAAACUCUCCCACUUUUUCUUUUGGCUUCCUAUAAGGAAAUUGAGUAAUAGGCCUUGAUGAAGUCCAGAAGUAUCUCAUCCCGAAAUGCUUCUGCAUCAGGUUCACCACAAAUCAAUUCCCUAUAGGAUUUUCUCUUCUGACUUCCCUACUGUUGUUAACCUAAUGAGCCUGUAGUUUCCAGUUUUUUUCUUGCUGCACCCCCCCAUCCCAUACAGGGAUGCCACACAUGCUAUCUUCCAGCUGUAAGUCAUGUCUGCACUAAUCAGUGAUCUGUUGAAGAUAUUUAUCAGGCGGUCUACCAGCACACUGAUCAGAGUUCCGAAGACUGUGUGAAGUAGCCCACCUGUUCCUUGCGCUUUACUCUCUAAGGUCAAUUAGUUUCCUCUUCACCUCAUCACUGUCUAUGCUGGUAUAUGACCAGAGUGCUCAGUAUUCUGCCCAGUCUCACUCCCAAUAUGGUACCCUCCUCUAGGUUUUCUUUGUGAAGAUUAAAGCAAAGUAUCCAUUCAGUUUCUCCUGCCUUUUUCCCAGUCUUCUGCCUUCAAGUCCCUUCUUAAUACUUUCUGCUCUUUACCAGCUUUCACCUUUGCUACAGUCACCAUCUCUGUCGGUUUUCUGCUGGUCUCCAUGAACUGUGCAUCUUCCAUGUCAGGUCUUCAUCCUUUCCACCUCUUGUAGGCCCUAUCUUUUGUCCUGACUACUAACCUGACAUUCACAGUCAGCCACGCCCGCUUUCUCUUUUCUCUCUUGUUUGUUUUUUCAUCACACUUUUUUCCAUAGUGACCCAUUCCCAUAUCUUGUUUGCUCUUUCACUUUGUUCCCCAUUUUGAUCCUCUUCCCAUCACAGAAUUAUCCAAUAUCCUAAAAUCCUUCACAUUUGUUAUUGCCUUUGUAUUCUUACCCUUUAUUCAUACUUUGAACCAGAUAGUGCUAUGGACACUGUUGGCCAACAGCGUCUUAACCUGGACAUCAAUGGCUUUCCCCUGUUGCACUGGUUGGGGACAUAUCCAGACUUUUAUCCUUUAUUCUGCAGUCUUUUACUGGUUAUCUAAACCCCUCCUGAUCCAAGACCUCAACCAACUCCUGCUCCCUCUAUAUCAUAGAGUUUGGGAUCUCCCAAUAUGUUGCUAGCAGAUUCAGAUCCCUAUUAAAAUUACCCUGUUCUUCUUAUCCCCACUCAUUUAUUUUCUCUUUUCCUCCAGUCACCCAUCCUUCUUUGAUGUGUGUGAGAAGCAAUUUACCCUAUAAGUCCUCCAGCUCUUCCCCUUCUACUACCUUAGGUGAUAGGCUCUUAACUUUGGUUCUGACUUUGUGCACUCCCUUGACCCAUUCUUGGUUUGGUUAUUCCUCCUUUCUGACCUCACAUACAAUGCCCACCUUAUAUAAGCUGUUGUUUCACUUCCAGCCCUUUUUUCUCUAUCUUCCUGAACUUCUUAUACUCGGGGAAUCUCCAUGUCCCACCUCUGUUGUAAUUCUCCUGUUUUUCUUGUGAUACCUGCAAUGUUCAAUUCCUUUCAUGCAUCACUACGUGUAGCAUUCCCCAUCUUCCUGCCCAGACUACUUGCAUUCCAAAGUAAUUCUUCUCAGUCAUGCUCUGAAUCACCAUUGUAUAUAAGUUUUUCUGCUAUGUUUUGUGUCUUUUUACCUCCUUCCUGCUGCCUGAAAACUUGCCCUCAGUCUGCUUAUUUGAUUUUCUCUCCAUCUUCCAAGUUUAAACAUAUGAUCACUGAGAUAUAUCUUUCUUCAUCCAGCCCUAAGCACCAUUAUCCCAUCUAGCUACGAUGGCACUUGUCUCUUCCAUGGAGAUGGCUUAUCUGUUAGGUCCCCUCCCUCACUCCUUUCUCCUUUGUCCACUGCCAAGGCCAGUCAUUAUACUUUCAAUCCUCUCUCUCCUUAGUGUGACAGCUGCUUGUAUAGGUAACUUUUCUGACAAGGUUACUUCCUGUUUCCUCUCCUGAAAUCUCUCUAUCACCUUCCAGGCCCUUCUUGCUAUCACUUCAGUUGUCUCCUCUGACAGGUCAUUGAUGCAUUCAUGUCUCAAAAAUGUGUCCACACCUCUCAUUUGGUGAUCACUUAGGUCACAACUUCCUGUGUUUUACUGAGUCUAAAUCUUCAGACUGGUUUCACUGAAUUCUGCAUAGUGAAUUGCCUAGAUUUUCAUUCCCUUUGUGAUUGUGUUUCCAGUCACAAAACUAUCUUUUUGUGCCCUACACUGGCUUUAAUUCUUUUAAUUUCCUGCCCCAUGUCAUUAUUCUUCCUAUCUGUGACCAUUCACCUCCACUCCCACCAAUCCAGCCCUUCUCAUUGUCUAUGUUGGUGCCUUACUCAUUGUUACUGCUUCCCAUCCUUUAUAUGUUCUUUCUACAAGAGCUUACAACUGUUUUGUUCUUCUGCCUUUUUCCUCUUCCACCUGAGUAAGUGAUCAUUCUUGUUGACUUCACUCUUGCUUUCUUUGUGGUGGCGACUCCUACAUGGUCACCUUUAGCUUGGUCUUCACUUUACCACUUGUUGCAAGUCUUAACAACUUUCAUUCAAACUAGGCUUCCUUCUCCUCAUCCUGCAUUUUGUGGCUGCAUGUCACAUUUUUCAUUUUGCUACACACUUCACUAAAAUGUCUGCCUAUUCCCUUCUUCUCUACUUUUCCCAUCCUAUCAAGUCUGCUGAUCUCCUGUUGCCUCCUGCUGACAAAUCUACUAUUAUAAUUAAUUCCUAUAUUCUGCUAUAAAGCCCA